AUUGGCUGGUGCUGGCUCGUUUUGAAAAGUCGUUUGACUUGAGGCGGAGGGAAAGUUCAGAGUUGUAGCAAGUAAUUCAAACGGUAAAAACAAAAGACGCAGCACUCAAUAAUGAUCAGACAAGCGAAGGGUAAAACCCCCCGCAGGCCUCUCCCCAAAAAGCCUAGCAGUAACCAGAAAGACCCAGUUGGGGUGUACUGCCGUGUACGACCUCUGGGUGAGGAGGAUGAGGGAUGCUGCAUUGAGGUGAUCAGCAGCAGCACCAUCCAGCUGCACGCCCCUGAAGGGUUCAAAAUAAACCGUAAUGGAGAGUACAAAGAGACCCAAUAUUCUUUCAAAAAAGUCUUUGGGGUUUCAGUAUCGCAGAUGGAACUGUUUGAGCAUGUGGCCAAACCUCUUGUUGAUGACCUCAUCCGUGGAAAAAAUGGCCUACUCUUUACAUACGGAGUGACGGGAAGUGGGAAAACAUUCACCAUGACUGGCUCUCCAGGCCAGGGUGGACUCCUGCCUCGCUCUCUUGAUAUGAUUUUCAACAGUAUAGGCUCCUACCAGGCCAAAAGAUAUGUUUUUAAAACUGAUGAUAAAAAUGGAAUGGAGGUCCAGACCGAAGUUGAAGCUGUGCUGGAGCGCCAAAGGCGGGAUAACAACCUGUCUGUGCUUAAAACAACCUCCUCCAGACAAAAGCUUGAUCCUGAAAUUGCUGACAUGAUUAAGCCAGAGGAGGUUAAUAAAACAGACUGUGUGGAUGAGGACAGCAGUUACAGCGUCUUUGUCUCCUACAUAGAAAUCUACAACAACUACAUCUAUGAUCUCCUGGAGGAAACUCAGGAAGAUGCAAUCAAACCAAAGUGGAAUGGUGGAGGCACACCUGUGCGCCAGAACACUGAGUUCAUACCACCUCAGUCUAAAAUCCUCAGAGAGGAUCAGAAUCACAACAUGUAUGUGGCUGGGUGUAUGGAAGUUGAAGUCAAAUCUGCUGAGGAGGCAUUUCAAGUAUUUUGGAGAGGUCAGAAGAAGAGGAAGGUUGCAAACACCCGACUGAACACAGAGUCCAGCCGCUCCCAUAGUGUGUUUAUUGUUAAACUGGCUCAGGCUCCUCUUGAUGCAGAUGGUGACAACGUACUCCAGGAUAAGAACCAGGUGACAGUCAGUCAGCUGUGCCUGGUGGACUUGGCAGGAAGUGAGCGCACUGGGAGGACGGGGGCAGAAGGCACUCGUAUACGUGAAGCCGGUAAUAUUAAUCAAUCUUUGCUGAAUCUGCGGACAUGCAUUGAGAUACUUCGAGAGAACCAGAUGUGUGGCACAAACAAGAUGGUUCCCUACAGGGACUCUAAAGUGACCCAUCUAUUUAAAAACUACUUUGAUGGAGAGGGAAGAGUCAGAAUGGUUGUUUGUGUUAAUCCCAAGGCGGGCGACUACGAAGAAACCUUGCUGGUGAUGCGGUUUGCUGAGAUGACCCAGGAGGUAGAGGUAGCUCGGCCAGCGGACAGGCCCAUCUGUGGCUUCACUCCAGGCCGUCGCUAUAGAAACCCGGCAUUUAGAGAGGAACUGUCUCGUAAGCUGGAGGAGCGUGGUGGUCCAAUAGAUAGAGAUGUGUCCUCUUUUAUAAACCAUGUGGUGCACACCCUCCCACCUCUACCCUCCUCUGAGCUGACUGACCCUCAUGAUGACAUCACACUGCCCAGGUUGAUUGAAGCGUUGCAGAACAGACACAGGGUCAGGCAGAUGAUGAUUGAGGAAUACAACAAAGCAGCCAACACGAUGAAGUCUUUGCUCCAGGAGCUGGACAGUAACUUAAUUUCCAAAGACAACUUGAUUCAUGAACAAAAUGGCAAACUGAUAGAUAAAGACAAAAUCAUCCAGAACAACAAAGCAGAGAUUGAACGCUUGGAGAAAAAAAACAAGAUGCAAGAACACAAGAUUGACAUCCUGCAGAAAACCACUAAAAUCUAUGAGGACGACAAGCGUUCUAUGCAGCAGGAGCUGGAAACCAGAGCGCAGAGGCUUCAGAGGGAGCUGUCAGAGAAGAGACGCAUGGAGCAGCGCAUGCAGGGUGUGGUCUCAGAUACCCAGCAUAAGUGGGAGAAAGAAUGUGAGAGACGUGUUAAUGCAAUGCAACUGGAGAUGCAGAACAAGCUCUGGGUGAAAGACGAGAAACUGAAGCAGCUCAAGGCCAUCGUGACUGAGAGCAAGGCUCCAGGUUGUCCAGAACCUCCACCACGUCAGACGCAUCCGCAGCCUCAGCCGCAGCCGCAGCGGCCUUCCAGAGAGGAACGCCUACCUGCAAAGAGAUCGGCCUCCCCUUCUCCUCUCCCUAGCCCUGUUGAGUCUCCCCAUGUCAGCCCAGUGCCAAAGUCACAGCCAGUCAGUGCUACUAUAGUUGAGGAGUUUGAGAUGAGCCCAAGGCCCGCCAUCCCCACCCCCACCACCAGUAGCUCUAUGUCUUUGCCUAGCUGCAUCUCGGACUGCGAGCAGAAAACAACUCAGGAAAGCAGCCAGAGUUACUCUUCCCCUAGUUCACCUGCAGGAAUCCAGUCCCCAGCCGUCCUCUCAGCCAGCCAGAACAGGAGAAGAGCUCUGUGUUGGACAAGAGAAAAAGACGAUGCCUGUGUCCCAUCACCUACAUUUGACCUAGAUGUAAUUGAAAGAAGCUACAGGACGACGACACCGGUACGGCCUCUGCACCGGCGCUCUCGUUCUGCUGGCGGGGAGAAGUGGGUGGACCACAAACCCUCCUCCAGCCUGGAUUUGGGUACAGUCUUGCAGCCCGUCAUUCCAAAUGCUAUCCAGGUGUCUGCGCCCAGUGAGAAGGCCCUCUCCAAGUGUGACAGAUAUGUGUUAACGCAUCAGGAGGUCUCCUCUGAUGGUGAGAUACAGACCAAACUUAUUAAGGGUGAGGUCAUUAAAACUAGAGGAGGAGGACAGGCUGUCCAGUUCACUGACAUUGAGACUCUGAAACAGGAGAUGACCACAGUCACAAGUCGCAAAAGGAAAUCUUCAGAAGGGACACCAGCCAAUAAAGAUCAAACAGCUGGAGCUUGGACUGAUGUGGAAACAAGGUGCGCUGUAGCUCUUGAGAUGAGAGCUGGCUCUAACAUGGGUCCUGGUUGUGAGCAUCAUGGGAUCAAUAAACGCAGAAAACCCUAAAAGCAGUUGACAGCUGCUCCAGUGAUCACUCACCUGUCUUCACUAGGUUGUUGUGCAAUAGUCAAAGUUUUUUAUAUUUUGCUCUAAUAUUUAAACACUUUCCACGCUUUUAUAUAUGCAAAUAUGUAUAGACUUGGCUCACCAAAGCUAUUUUAAAAUAUUUUGUUGUAUUUGAACCAACAAACAUUUUUUGUUACAGACUGGCAUGCGGAGGCAUUAAGCUGCCGCAAUACAGAUUUUUGGCUGCUACAUAGUGUUCCUGGCUCUCAAUGGCUGAAUUAUAUCCAGUUUAAAAAAUAUAUGUAAAACGGACCUCUGUCGCCUUCAUUCUACACCCAGGAAUAAAAUUCUUUCAAAGCA